AUGGUAGAACCAAUAUUAUCAACUUUUAAAAACUUUAUGCCUUUCGCAAUUGAAAAUAAAACCUUUGCUCAACACGUGCAAACACUUCAAAAAAUAGAACCUCCAAAAACAGCUAUUUAUCAUGCCCUAUCAACCGAUUUACCCAUACCUAAUCUUUUAGAAGUUUUUCAGAAUUCUGCUAAAAAAAUUGACAACUGGUUGGAAUAUGCUAAUGUUACUAUACUUGCAUUAGACUUUGAUAUAAAGGAAGGUAUUAAUGUGAAAAAUGUCAAUGAAAUGGACUUACUAAUACUUCAAUAUGCUUCUAAUAUUGACUUAUUACAAGAACUUUUACAAUCAACUUUAUCAAAACUAAACAGUGAUGACGAUCAAAAUUAUAAGGAUAUUAAAGCUACUUUCGAUAGAAUAAAUUCAGAUUGGUUAGAAGUGAAAACUUUUUUUGCAAAAAUAAAAAAAGAAAUAUCAGUGUCAAAACAAAGACGUGAACUUUUAGAUAAAAUGGAUCAAAUUUUAACAUCCAUAGAAGAAUUAAAUACAAAUAUAUUUGAAUUCCAGGAACAAAGACAUAGUGGUGGUUUUGGUGAUAAUAACAAUAAUAGCGAUUUAUUCCCUUUUCCCAGACUAAGUUCAAAUCCUAAUGGUAUAUUGGAAAAAAAAUUUAAUACGCUGAAUAAAAAAUGGGAGUCUUUGAAAAAUGAAAUGACAUCAAUAAGAGAAGAGUUGAAGGAGGAUAAAUGGUCAGGUCUUUUUAAACAAGUUGCGGGUAAUGCUAAUCAAAUGAUGGAUUCACUUGAAAGAUCUGUUAAACAAUGUAAAGAUUUUAUGUACAGAGCCAUUAACAGAUCAGAUUCUCCAAGAUAUCCACAACGAAAUAAUAAUCAAAGAUCUUAUUCAAGUGAUUCUCUUCAUCAUCUUCAACAACAAAAUAAUAUACAACCACAAGUAGCAAUAAAUCCUAAAAAUUAUCAAAGGCUUUAUAAAAAUUUUGAUGCUAAACGAAAAUAUUAUGUGCCAGCUGUUACGAAACUUUUAACCAUGCUUGCUAAUGGUAUUAAUAAUCAAAUGACACAAGAUCCAGAAUCGAUUGAUAAAUACAAUGCGAUGAAAGAAAGAUGGGAUAAUAUACUUGAUGGUGUUGCAGAUGUUCAGCGAGACAUGCCCACUCUAGAAUAUAUGUUAGAUGCUUCAUUGACCUCAAGUACCUCCCCCCCUUCCUCAAUACCCUCUUCGAUAGCUUCAUCACCGCCAAUUUCUCCUAACAUGAGGCCAACAGUUAGGUCCUCCAGGUUUUCACCUGAACUAUUACCGAACUCACCAUCAAGAAAUUAUCGGCCUGUAUCCCCUUAUAGAACAGUCAUAUCCCCUUCAGAAUAUGAUCGUUCUUUAUCACCUCCCACAACUAGUCCAUCAAUAGCCAGUCAUUCAUAUCUUACUCCAAAUGGUCAUAGGCCUGUCAGUCCACCAUCAAAUAUGAACGGUAGAUCAAAAUCAUCUCACAGGUCAGAAUCACCACCACCAAUGCGUCCAAAUUCUACCAGACCAGUAACACCAGACCGUUCUUAUGCAUCAGCAAUACCACGUCCUGUUACAAGCAUGGGUUUAGAUCACAGAUCACAAUCAAGAACUGGUAUGAGAUCUAUAUUACCAAAAGCUAGCACGCCUCAACCAGGAAUGACAUCGACAAUGUCUCGUCUAGGGAUGGUUUCACCUCCAUUGCCACCAAUCACUCCAACAUCAAGGCGUAACCCAAUACGGUCGCCAACGCCAUCAUCAGUGACAAGUAGCACUUCAAGACCAAUAACACCAGAAAUUUAUGAUGAUUAUCACCAUAAUAAUGGUGGUGGUAGUAGAGCAAUGACUCCAUUAACGGAUAUUUUAUCGAAAAUGUCCAUGUUUUCUACAGAAGUACCUUCAAAAUACAUACCAUUAAAAAGUGACCCAUUGGAUGUUGAGGUGGCAAAGGUGGUGAACUCAUCACCAUUAACUGUUAAGGUGGAAAGAGUAUCAACUGGCGGAGGAAAAUAUUAUUUUGGUAAUGAGACUCUUGGACGUGAUAGAAAAGUGCAUCUUUGUAAAUUGGUGAAUUUUGCAAGUGGUCGAAAUAAAGUUAUGGUUCGCGUUGGCGGAGGUUGGAAAGAUUUAGACAUGUUUUUAUUAGAUCAUAGUUUAACAAACGUUGGAAUUUAG